AUGCGUCGACAGCUGCACGAGAUCAAGAUGCAGAAGGGAGACAGUGUAAUGUAUUACUUUCUCAAGUUCGAUGAGAUUUGCAUGUCAAUGCAAGCUAUCGGUGACGAAAUUGUUCAGGAUGAGCGAAUCGUGAUUCUACCAGAAAGCCUAUCUGAAGAAUACGACCAGAUAGUCAAGAUCAUCGAGAACAUGAAGGGCAUGGAUCUAUUUCAAGCCAAGGAAAUGCUUCGUCGUGAAUACGAAGGCAUUGCUCGGAUGGAGAAGAGCGAGAUCGCGUUGAAGGCUACAAGAAGGUUCAAGAGCAAGAGUUUUCAGUCAAAGGAAUCAAGGAACAAGUUCACUGGGACGUGUUUUAUAUGCGGCAAGCAUGGGCACAAGAAACAAGAUUGCUGGAAGAAUUCAGACAAGAAGAAGAGCUCUGAGCAAGCGUUCACUGUGGGUGAACAAUGCUCUGAUGGUUGGCUACUCGACAGUGGAGCGAGUAGUCAUAUGUGUCCAUUUCAAGAUGACUUUGCGGAGAUCCGACCACUAAAUGAGUCGGUUGGAGUUUCGAUUGCGAUUGGACAAACGAUUAUGGCUGAUGGUGUUGGGAAAAUUCGUGUCCUACUGAAAAAAAAGAAGUUAAUUCGCAAUGAAGACCUUUCGUACGUUCCUGAUCCGGAUCUUCGUCUUCUUUCUAUUCCUGCAUUGUCUGCUAAAGGGUUACACGCAACCUUUCGCAAUAAGACAUGUGAGAUCAGGAAUGAUCAAAAGUUGGUGACUCAAGUGACCCAAAUGGGCAAGUUGUUCGUGAUUGAAUAUGAUACAAUAGAAUCUGCAAGCGUGAGUAAAGAAGUUGGCGGUGGAGCCAAGCCUGUGGGUCCAAGUAUGUUGCAUACAAGACUAGGACUUCUGCCAAUGAAGGCAAUAAAAAACCUCGGCAAGUGUGUUGAAGGGCUUACGAUGGAAGAUUCGUCUGUUAUGGAUGUUGAUCAAGACGAAAUAAGCGAAGUAUGUGUGACCGAAAGGUUGUCGGUCAAGCCGUUCCCGAAGUCUACUUACGGCGAAGUAAAGACCACUUCAUUGAUCCAAGUUAUCCAUGGCGACGUAUUGGGACCAAUAAAGACAAAGUCGCAAGGAGGAGCAAGAUUCGUAGUGACAUUUCUGGAUGAUUGUUCAGGAUAUGUGGUUGCUUACUACAUUCCACACAAGUCAAACGUGGUCGACAAGUUCAUCAAAUACAAGUCGAUGAUGGAAAACCAGUUGAAUAAUAAGAUUAAGUGUAUUCGCACCGACAAUGGUGGUGAGUACAUCAACAAUCGGUUCACAGAGAAUUGUCGAAAGGCUGGUAUUGUGCACCAAGCGACAGUGCCGUAUUCGCCGCAGCAAAAUGGAAUAGCUGAACGACUCAAUCUUACACUGAAUGAGCGAGCAAGAUCGUUUUUUAAUUACAUGCAAGUCGAGAAGAAGUGGUGGGCUGAGGCGAUUAUUACUGCGGUAUUCGUGACUAACCGAUUCACUUGA